AUGACAUCCAUGAAAAACAAAGUCUUUGUAAUUUUUGGCGGCGCCUCCGGUAUGGGCUUGCUGAAUCACCUCCACACGAGCUUCCCUGCGGACCAGAGUUCACAUUGCUUCGUCCAAACCGGAAGCGUAACCGAUGAGUCCGCCGUUGAAGCAUUUCUCACGAAGACCAAAUCCCAUUUCGGGAAACUGAACGGUGUCGCCAACUAUGCUGGGGUUCCGGCUAUGAAUUAG